AUGGAGGAAAUCUUCAUUCAAAUAGGGGAGCUGGAACUUCAAAUGCUGGCUCUACUCAAGGUCAAGUCUUAUCAAAGUGGAGUUGUAUUUGGUACAACUGCUUGCGAUUUAUGGGAUGAUCUAAAAGAAAGAUUUGAUAGGGUGGAUGGAUCAAGAACUUACAAUCUUCACAGAGAAAUUGCCACUCUUCAUCAAGGUACUGCUUUUGUUUCAGCCUAUUACACUAAACUCAAGAACUUGUGGAGUGAAUAUGAUGCCUUGGUUCCAUCUCCUUGUAAUUGUGAAAGAUCUAAAGGGUUCUUGACUCAUGACAUAUUUGCUGGUGGAAGUGAAACUUCAUCUACAACUAUUACUUUGGCAUUUUCAAAAAUGCUAAAGUACCCAAAUGUCAUGGCCAAGGCGCAAAGUGAAGUGAGACACGUGUUUAAGGUAAAGAAAAAUUAUGACAAAGAAGAACUUGAAAAGUUCACAUACUUAAAGUUAGUGAUUAAGGAGACAUUAAGGUUGCAUCCUCCAGGUCCUCUUUUAGCACCCAAGGAAUGUAUGGAGCAGGCGAAUAUUGAUGGAUACACCAUACUUGUUAAGACAAGAGUAUUGGUGAAUGCAUGGGCACUUGGUAGAGAUUCCCCAAGAAGAAGGGUUUGUCUAGAAAUUUUAUUUGGUUUAGCUAAUGUUGCACUUCUUCUGACUCAGUUACUCUACCACUUUAAAUGGGAACUCCCCGAUGGAAUUAAUCCAAAAGAAUUGGAUAUGACUGAAAGACAGGGCUUAACUGCAGUGAAACAGAAAGAUCUAUAUUUAGUUGCCACUUAUCAUAGAAAAGAGGAUGAGGAAUUUUGA